CGCCUUCCCGGGCCGGAGCGGGGCAGUCCGGAGCCUUCCUCCCUCCCUCCGCCUCCCUCGGCGCCGGGGCUCCUUCCGCGGCGGCGGCCGGGACAGCCAGGAACUGAUAUUCAAUGGCUAGAAACAGAGCUGACAAGUGGCUGAAAUGAAUACGACUACUAUCCUACAAGAGAUUUUGAUUAAAAGAUCACAGCAGAAGAAGAGGACUUCUCCUUUAAACUAUAAAGAGAGGCUUUUUGUACUUACAAAGUCUAUGCUAACAUAUUAUGAAGGUCGAGCUGAGAAAAAGUACAGAAAAGGAUCUGUGGAUAUUUCAAGGAUUAAAUGUGUAGAAGUUGUAAGAAGCGAUGGUAUUAUUCCCUGUCAAAAUAAAUAUCCAUUUCAGGUUGUAUAUGAUGCUAAUACGCUUUAUAUUUUUGCACCAAGUGCACAAAGCCGGGAUCAGUGGGUGAGGAAUCUGAAAGAAGAAAUAAAGAACAACAGCAAUAUAAUGGUGAAAUAUCAUCCUAAAUUCUGGACAGAGGGAAUUUAUCAGUGCUGCAGACAGACAGAAAAAUUAGCACCUGGCUGUGAAAAAUACAAUCUUUUUGAAAACAAUGUAAUGAGAUUGCCCUCUCCAAUGCCAGAAAAAAGUGCGCGAAGGCCUCCGCCACCUGUUCCUCCAGUUGAAGAAAAUGGCAAUGAAGAGGAGGAGAUGGUGGUAGCAAUGUAUGAUUUUGAGCCUACAGAACAUCAUGAUUUAAGAUUAGAGAAAGGUGAAGAAUAUACAGUGAUUGAGAAGAACGACCUUCACUGGUGGAAGGCGAGAGACAAAUAUGGAAAACAAGGAUAUAUUCCAAGCAACUAUGUAACAGGAAAGAAGUCCAACAACCUUGAUCAGUAUGAGUGGUACAGCAGAAACCUGAACAGAAGCAAGGCAGAGCAGCUCCUCAGAAAUGAGGAUAAAGAAGGUGGUUUUGUGGUGAGAGACUCAAGUCAGCCUGGCCUGUAUACAGUUUCCCUUUAUACAAAAUUUGGAGGAGAAGGUUCAUCAGGAAUAAGACACUACCAUAUAAAAGAAACAGUGACGACACCGAAGCAGUACUACCUCGCAGAAAAACAUCUCUUUAACUCCAUUCCAGAAAUAAUUGAGUAUCAUAAACAUAACGCAGCAGGUCUCGUUACCAGGCUGCGUUACCCAGUGACCCCAAAGAAGACGACAGCACCAACAACAGCAGGAUUCAGCUAUGAGAAAUGGGAAAUUAAUCCCUCGGAACUGACAUUCAUGAGAGAACUGGGGAGCGGUCUGUUUGGCGUAGUGCGCCUUGGGAAAUGGAGGGCGCAGUAUAAAGUGGCCAUCAAGGCAAUUCGGGAAGGUGCAAUGUAUGAAGAGGAUUUCAUUGAAGAAGCUAAAGUAAUGAUGAAGCUAACACAUCCUAAAUUAGUUCAGCUGUAUGGUGUGUGCACACAACGGAGACCUAUUUACAUCGUGACGGAGUUCAUGGAGCAUGGCUGCCUUCUCAAUUACCUGAGACAAAAGCGGGGAGUUUUGAGUAAAGACGUCCUGCUCACUAUGUGCCAAGAUGUAUGUGAGGGAAUGGAGUACCUGGAGAGAAACAGCUUUAUCCACAGAGACCUGGCUGCCAGGAACUGCUUGGUGAGUGACUCAGGAGUGGUCAAAGUGUCGGAUUUUGGAAUGACAAGGUAUGUCCUUGAUGAUCAAUACACAAGCUCCUCGGGGGCUAAAUUCCCGGUGAAAUGGUGCCCCCCUGAAGUUUUUAAUUAUAGCCGAUUCAGCAGCAAGUCAGAUGUCUGGUCCUUUGGUGUUUUAAUGUGGGAAGUAUUUACAGAAGGAAAAAUGCCCUUUGAAAAAAGCUCCAACUAUGAAGUGGUAACAAUGGUUAGCCAAGGACAUCGUUUGUAUCGGCCCAAACUAGCCUGCAAGCAGGUGUAUGAAACAAUGAUGAUGUGCUGGCAGGAGAAACCAGAGGGACGCCCGACUUUUGAAGACUUGCUUCACAAAAUCAUUGAUAUUGCAGAGGGUGAAGAUGCUUUCUGAAAAAAGACAACAGCAGCACAAGUACAGAAAAGAAGCAGCUUUCCAGAGAUGUGGCUUCACCAUUUCUUUUAAAAGGCUUGAUCCUGUAAGCUGCUGGAUGCUGCUAAACAGCAUGGGGAACCUGUAACAUCUGAUCCACUCCAGCACAGAGUUUUAAAUGAUGUUGGGAAACAAGCACAGUAUCUUCAGCAAUACUAGCAGUCUCUAUGUUUUCUCUGAAAAGUCAGCAUUGCAUAGCUGGCAAGUUGAGCUCUUUAUGGAGGAAGAGAGAGAAUGUAGGCAAAACCCAGGAGCCUAAUUUGCAUUUAGUGGGUUGCAUUCAUGUACAUACAGUCCACGUUUCUGUGUUUCUCUUUACACAGGCAGUAGUAUUAGCAGUGAUUUGCAUGCUUAAGAGUUGAAGGUGUCUAUAAAUGGCUAUUUACUGACAUUGAGAUGUUCACAGAGAUUCUCCAGAAACUUUAUUUUUCUUGGUUGAUGGGUGUUUUAUGACACAUCAAGAGCACAAAACAUGCCUCUCAUUUGCACAUAGUAAGUAGGUUGUUAACAGCACAGUCCUCAAUUUAGUGUAACACUCAAAAAGCUUUGCUUCAGAACUGAGCUGUGAUAUGCC